UCUGUUGUUGUGAACAUUACAACUUUUUCGAUUGAAUCGAAUGAUCCGCCUAUUUUCCAGAAAUUUUCACAUGAAAUUACGUUACGACGCUGGUGAUUUACUGACAAAAUAUGGGCAAGCCUGGGAAACAAUGCCCGCAUUCUACAACUGUAGAGAGAUUCUUACAAGAACAUUUCCUGAGCUUCAAACAGGGACAUUGCCAGGAGUGUGAUGCCAAAGGAUCUAGUCUAUGGUUAUGUUUAGAGGUUGGUUGCCGUUAUGUGGGAUGUGGAGAAUCAGUGUCAGAUCACAGCUCUGAACACUCAGAAAGUGCCAAUCAUAAACUGACCAUCAAUCUCCUAUCUCAACGCACCUGGUGCAAUGUCUGUGACUGCGAGGUUUUCCCUGACGUCAUCAUCAAGACCAAGGCAAGCAUGGUGGCGGACCAUCCUCCUCCAGGGGGGAGGAGACAGAUCAGUAUCCAGGGCGGCCAGGAACGCAUCACUCAUCCUCAUCAGCAGCAUCAUCACCAUGGAAACUCGGAAGAGGAGGAGAUGGAACAUUCAGGAGCAGCUGCAGCACCAGAAUAUUAUCCCCAAAUACCUAGUUUCCGUACAGUGAACACACCGGUCACCCAAGCCCUUGAUGAGAUAGCACGAGAUGAAACCAAACCAAGAGGGCUGACUGGACUGAGAAAUCUAGGCAAUACUUGCUACCUGAAUGCUGGUAUACAGGCUCUUUCUAAUUGCCCAGCAUUUGCACACUUCUUCCUGGAAUGCAAUGGUUUUGUGAAGACUGAGAAGAAGCCUUACCUAGCAGCCUCAUACCAGAGACUCAUGGAAGACAUAUGGGGACGAAGAAGACCCAGUUAUUUGACUCCAUCAAGUCUUGUAAACAGUGUGAAGGCUGUCUUUCCUAUGUUCAAGGGCUUUACACAACAGGAUUCGCAGGAGUUCCUUCGCUGCAUCAUGGAUCGUCUCCAUGAGGAGCUGAAGGAGCCGGUUUACCCGGAACCAGAGGACGACGACGACACCGAUGGAGACACUGUCAAGGACAACCCAGAGAAGGACCAACAACAAACCGCCACCCGACGACGCAACCGCGCCCCUUCCCCAUCCCUCGACACGUCGUCCUACCAUCGUACCCGCUCUAACGAUUCCUUGAGCAUCACGGAAGAGAUGGAGACGACGGGGAGCUUGCCACCGGAUAAUGACCAUUACAACGCCUCCCAGUCACAGGAGGAUGCUGCUGACGAGAGGACAUCCCUGCAGCAUCAUGGAGCAUCAUCGGCGGGAGGUGAGGAACCCAGGGGUCAUGGGGUCGAUAAGAACCAUCCGCAUCGGAAGAGGACCACCGAUUCCUUUUCAGAGACAGAACCACUUCAUCCUAACCCAGUACCAAGAGUGACUAGUCGAACACGCACCACAUCGUCAUCGAGCACCAAGUACGAUCGGGAAGUCUACGACAGUGAGAAGGACAUCGACGAGAUGGCUUCUGGUGAUCAGGGGAUGAAUAACAGCAGAGAGCAUGCCAAGAAGAAGAAGCAGCCUCUGAGGUAUCGUAGCAUCAUCUCGGAUGUGUUUGAUGGAAAGAUCUUGAGCUCAGUCCAGUGUCUCACCUGUGAAAAUAUUUCCUGUCAAAAAGAAACGUUCCAGGACCUGUCCCUUCCCAUCCCGGGAAAGGAAGACCUGGCCCGGAUCCAGGGCAUGCUUAACAAGUCCACGGUCUCGUGCGCUGACACUAGGAAGACAGGAUGGAUGACAUGGUUAUAUAGCUACUGGCACCUUCCAGUGAGCUGGUUCUGGGGUCCUAAUGUCACCCUUGAUAAUUGCUUGGCUGCUUUCUUCUCUGCUGAUGAACUCAAAGGUGACAACAUGUACAGCUGUGAAAAGUGUAAAAAACUCAGAAAUGGGGUCAAGUUCGUUCAUGUCCUAGAACUACCGGAGGUCCUCUGUAUCCAUCUGAAGCGGUUCCGCCACGAAUCCUUCACCUCCUACUGCUCUAAGUUAAACAACUACGUCUCCUUCCCUCUGGACAGCCUGGACAUGACACCGUACCUCUCUAAAGAUUGCAAGAACAAGUGUGCGACCUAUGACCUGAGUGCAGUCAUAUGUCAUCAUGGCACAGCUGGAGGUGGUCACUACACCAGCUACGCUGUGAACUGGCUCAACGGACAGUGGUACGAAUACGAUGAUAUCUAUGUCACUGAAGUCAGCACCAUGCAGGUUGCUAACUGUGAAGCUUACGUACUCUUCUACAAAAAGACAUCUGAAGAAGCCAAUAAAGAAAGACAAAGAGUCAUAGAUCUCUUUGAACAAGAAGAGCCAAGCUUUCUUCACUUCUAUGUGUCUCUGCAAUGGCUGAACAAACUGAAUAACUUUGCCGAGCCCGGGCCAAUCACAAACCAUGACUUCCUCUGUAAACAUGGAGGAGUGCAGCCCAGGAAGGCAAGCUAUGUGGAGAAGUUGGUAUUGAAGAUACCUCAACCUGUAUGGGAUCACCUCUACCAGACGUUUGGGGGAGGACCAGCUGUCAAUCGCCUCUCUCCAUGCUCUGUGUGUCAAGCUGAAAUGGAACUAUUAGAGAGAAGAAGAAAAGAAGAGAUGGAGACGUUCAUAACUAUGAACGAAGAGUUCCAGCAAGACGAGUCAACUAAUUCAUCCGUGUACUGCAUCAGCCUGGCAUGGUUCAAACAAUGGGAGGCAUUCGUCAAAGCUAAACAAGCUGAACCUCCUGGACUGAUUGACAACAAACUUAUUGCAGUGACAAAAGGUGGCUACACAACACUCAAACAAGGAGCUGAUUCUGGACAGAUCUCUGAGGCCAUGUGGGAGUAUCUUCAUGGAAUCUAUGAUGGUGGACCAGAGGUCGUCCUCCGGCCCAACCCUGCCCCCAGCGUCGAAGGCAGAGGAGAGGAGGGGGCACCUACGGGUAGCAACAGCCCCAGGGAAGAAACGUCCUAGAACAUCUUGCUUGAAUAUCGGGCUUUUGAUUUAAAGGCAACGUUUAACAGCGUUAAAUGUGAGAUGCAUGGCCCUACAUGUUAUCAGUGUCUGUGAUAUGGUGUAAUAUUGAAGCCCUAA